UUGAGUUCGAUGCGGUUUCAGAUGACUCCGAUUCCCGUGUAGUCCUUAGGCUCUUCUCAUGCAUGGGUGUCGGAGUUAAUUGAAAAGGAGUCGAACUCAGCUGAAAAACCUGCAGGAUCCAAGCAUAAUUUCAUUGAUUGGUCAGCAUCUGGUAGGGUUUAUUUAAUUUGUUAGGCAUACUCUGUUGUCUUGUUGCAGAUUUGGCUGUCUAAUUUAUAUAGUGUGAGAGCUCACUUAGUGUGUGCCUGUUUCUCCUUUCACAACUGAGUGACACAUCCAUUUUUGUCUGGGUAGGGCUGGUUCCUGGGCUCAAGCCACGAGUAGCCUGUCAUGGAUGCAUCAUUAGGCCUUCAAUCUUCACAAGGACCUUUUGUUGAUCAGAAACUCAGCUGAGUUUUGGUGAGGAAUAGACCUAAUUCAAACAUUUUUUUCUGCAUUUGAGUUUGAUUCCCUUCAAAUUACUUCAACAUCUACAUGUGACUACUCCUAUGAAUGAGUGGUGGAGUCUUUGGAAAGGUGUGAAGCUUAACUGAAAGAAAUAGAAGCUGCACUUGCUUGUCAGUCAGAGGCUUUAAUAAAAAUCAUUGCAAUACUUUGAGUAAUCUUUGAUUAGACUUAGACCGGCUGAUGUCAGCCGGUCUAAGCAGAGCUAGAAUGUCAAAUGAUGCAUCAGAUGCCCUGGAAGAAGAAGUUGAAGCCCUCCAAGCAAUUUUCUUGGAUGAGCUGGAGAUUCAAUGUGAUGAAUCAGGAAAAGUAUCUGAUAUUCAGAUGAAGAUUGUUCCAGCCACUGGCCAGAUAGCUGACCAGCAAUUUGUCUCCAUCACAAUGAAGUUCCAUCUGGACCAUGGGUAUCCAGCUGUAGCACCAAGAAUCUCCUUUUUGAAUCCUCGGGGUAUUAGUCAGGUCAUGGAAACUCAGCUUGUUGCUGAUUGUAGAAAGAGAUUGGAUGGAAGGAACAUUGGGGACCCCAUCUUGUAUGAGUUGAUUGAAUUAGAGGUCAUGAUCCUGUUGCAGAUGGUUCGAGAGCAACUCACCUUCAAUAAUAUCCCCAGUGCUCCCUGUCCAAUCUGCCUUACGAAUUUCGAAGCUGAUGAUGACCUCAUGAAGACUGACUGCUAUCAUCAUUUCCAUAGCCAUUGUUUUGGUCGUUAUAUGUCAACCAUGGUAUCAUGGUUCAAAGAAGAGGAGAAGCAGUGGCACCUUGAGAAUCCAUACAGUCAAGAAAAAUUUGUGAGGCAGGGCAACACUGACGAUUCCAACUCUUCAGAGAGGUUUGACAGACAAGGUCAGAUGCAGAAGUAUGAAAAGCUGGAGAAAAUUGGAGAAGGGACAUACGGGACAGUAUUCAAAGCCAAGAAUCGAGAGACACAUGAGAUAGUGGCACUCAAAAGGGUUCGCCUUGAUGACGAUGACGAAGGAGUCCCUUCCUCUGCUCUUCGGGAAAUUUGUCUUCUUAAAGAACUGCAGCAUAGGAACAUUGUGCGUCUGCAUGAUGUGCUGCAUAGUGAAAAGAAGCUCACCCUUGUGUUUGAGCAUUGUGAUCAAGACUUGAAAAAGUACUUUGACAGUCUCAAUGGAGAGAUUGACUCAGAUGUUGUAAAGUCAUUCAUGUAUCAGUUGCUGAGAGGCCUGGCUUUCUGUCACAGUCAUAAUGUCCUGCAUAGAGACCUGAAGCCGCAAAAUUUACUCAUAAACAAAAAUGGGGAAUUGAAAUUGGCUGACUUUGGGUUGGCUAGAGCAUUUGGAAUUCCUGUGCGUUGCUACUCAGCAGAGGUGGUCACUCUCUGGUACCGGCCACCUGAUGUUUUGUUUGGUGCCAAAUUGUAUACUACAUCAAUCGACAUGUGGUCUGCUGGUUGCAUAUUUGCAGAGCUUGCAAAUGUUGGUCGACCUCUUUUCCCUGGGAGUGACAUUGAUGAUCAGCUGAAGCGAAUAUUCAAACUUCUUGGUACACCAACAGAGGAAACAUGGCCUGGAGUGACUCAGCUACCUGACUACAAGCCCUUUCCACUUUAUCCACCAUCAAUGCCUUGGACGCAAGUUGUCCCAAAGCUGAAUUCAAGAGGGCGGGAUCUCUUACAAAAAUUGCUCGUGUGCAACCCAGCUGGAAGGAUAUCUGCUGAUGAAGCCAUGCAGCAGCCAUACUUUGCUGACCUCAGUCCCAUUAUGGUAUUCCAUGAUCUCCACCAGUCUCAGUUCAUCAAUAAUUCACGAUCAGACGUCUCCCAUAACUGUGUUGCUUGCUGUUACAUUGUU